AGACCGGCUUUACUGAAGCUCCGUAAGAAAACCUUCCUCGUGGGAGUACGCGCGCAUCAAUAGGUGAAGACGGCUCACAAGUCCUUUUUCUGUACCCUGAGUUAGUGAUAAAGUGAUUUGUUGUGGAUGCUGUGAGGGGAUCAAAAGAAGAAGAAAAGCUCCUCGUGACACAUAAUUUCAUUGCCACAGUCUUCGUCUGAUACAAUAUAAAAAAAAUCUAAUAUAUGACGUUGUUGGUAAUAGAGGGAAAAAAGCGCAAUUUUGUCUCACCCCCAGCACCAUGUUGGUAAUAUACUGUGAAUAGUAUUACGUGUUGCUGUAAUAUUGGGAAUCAUAUGCUGUGUGCUAUAUGUCGGACACUUCCUAUAUAUAGCCAAAUUUAUACAUAAAGCCCUUCGUCCUACAUAGCACAACGAUAAACAAGGAAGCGAAUAAGGACAUCAUCUGUUACAAAAGGUGGCAACAAAAGAACAGGAGGAGGUGUGCUAAAUAAGUGUACGAGUGUGAGAAAAAAUAUUCUCCAGCAUCAGGGAAGAAAACAAAUGUGACUCAAGGACUUUUGCUUUGAAAAUUGCAAAGUAAUUUAUAUAUUGCUAUAUAUGUACAUAAUAUUUUUCUCAUGUGGAAAAACGAGUGGAGGAAAAAGCGGACAAAUGCAAGAGAGAAUUGGGGUGCAAACACGCUGAAAGGGGUGUGAGUGAGAAGUGUGUGAGAGUGGGAACUCCGGAAACGCUACAAUAUCCAUCAAUUAAGGGACAAUGGUGAAUUCACCUUCGGAUUUUGAGCGGGAACUAGCUGAGGAGAUCCCUGAGCACUGGCUCGCUGUUAUCGCCCACUAUGUACUGGGCUUCCGGAAUGACACGGUGGACUUCACAGCACCCAUCCUCAAGCCAGUCGCUGUGCGCUUCUAUCCGCUCUUCAUUUGCCAGUACGGGCUACUCCUCGUACUGGGACUCCUGUCCAAUAUUGCCGUCAUUGCCUACAUCAUGCACUAUAAAUUGUUUCGCGACGUCACCCACUCUUUCAUCGUUAAUCUGGCCUUUUGCCAUAUUGUUCAGUGCUCAGUGGUCCUCCCGAUCACCCUCAUGGUGCUCCUCAUACAAAAUUGGAUUUUUGGCCAGUUUCUCUGCUUCUUUCUGCCACUACUACAGGAUAUACCUCUUCAUGUGGCCAUUAUCACCCACUUACUAAUUGCGUGGGAUCGCAUGAGGUGGCUGAUGGACCCGCUAAAAGCUCGUUUACCAGCCUUCGUGUGCAGCUGUGCUACGUGGUUAGCUGGCAUGGUGAUUGCUCUACCCUAUCCAAUCUACACAACAUAUUUGGAUUUAGGGCUGUAUCUCAAACAAUUUCGAGGCGUUGGGAUUUGUGCUGUGAAUCUUGUGGACGAUAUGCAAGAAUACAUGCGAGGUCUCUUUGUUAUAAUGUAUUGCGCACCUGUUACUAUCCUAUCGUAUUUGUAUAUAAGAACCUCAAGGGAAUUACGGGAACCCGAUGGACCACUCGAUGUACUCAUGUUUGAAGCUAGAGUCGAUACACGUAAUUCACAUCAAAGAUCCUCUUCGGGGAGUUCGAGAGCAGGCAGAGGUAACAGUGGGAAUGGUGGUUCAGGAACAAGGUCAACUAUGAGGUCACAUCAGCAACGGUCGUAUGACCUGUACGAUGCAGAAUUGGAUGUUUAUCGAGAGAAGCGUACACAACGCUUCCUGGGCGCCAUGGCAGCCGUCCACGUCAUUUGCGUGUGUCCACUGAUGAUAAUGAGACUCGCUCGAAUGGCUCUGGUGGAGACCUACGACAAUGCCACUCACUUCGAUCUCACGUAUCUCAUGUUCGUGUGGAUGGCCUUCCUGCCCACAGCCAUCUUCCCCUGGCUCUAUGGGUCGUGGGUGUUGUCCAGGCCAGUUAAGGAGCGCCUUCGUGGCUACUUCCGUCUCUCGUCGCGUCGCAGCAACAACAGUAUCCUCAAAACCCAUGAGCCACGUCUCUCCACAACUGAAGACUUCGUUUCACAGGAUGUUACAACGGAAAUCUCCCACAUCCAGGAUAGCACAUCACGGCAUGGGGACUCCUUCACGCGCAAACAUUCACGCAAUCGUCAGCACCGUCGGAGUAGCAACAGUGAGGGCAAUUCAACGGCAUCCCGUGGCUCCCGCAGCAACUCCACAGGACGUCAAGCUAAGAGGGACUCAAAUGCAAGUUCUGACCUCCGGGAGGUGUCACCAUUCAAUGAGCGACGCUGUCCGCUGCCGGAAAUGAAGCCCGUUGCAACGUUUGCAUAUAGGAAGUCAAGCUUCCUCCUUGAUACAAACUCAACCCUAUCCAAUGAUCCCUCCUUCCCUGGCUCCACGAGCACGCUGGAGCAUGAUCUGGAGAUUAUUGAUUUGCUCGAGAGGGAACGCAGUAUGGACAUUCAGGAGAUGCUGCAGCGAGAAGCAGCCAUGGAGGAGCAGGCGAGGAUGAAGACAACGCCAGGGCAGAGAAUCCUCCCGGAUGUUGCGGCAAGUCGCAUUAUGGAUGCUUCCCCGCAACUCCUGGCCAGUUCGCGUGGUAGCACGCGGCGAUUGAAGCAUAAACAGCUGGCAAAAGAUUUUGAUCGGAGAGAUUUACAUGCGUCGCGUGCGAGACGUGCCCGAAGGGCAAAUUGGCUAAAAUCCACAAAUUAAACAAAGAAAAAAACAGGUGCAAUUUAUUUUGAAAACUUCUCCAUCAAAAUACACUCAAAGGAGGGCUUCACAAAGUCAAGGAGGAGGAGGAAAAGUCCUUAAAAAUUAUACGAAAAAUCCCCAUUGGAGAACUUAACACUCGAGACUUCAUUUGAUGGUGAAAAUCUCACAGCUCUUGUGGCAUCGUAGUCAAUUGCUGCCUGUGGGUCAGCAGCUAAUUGAUAUCUCUGCUGGGUGUACUGUGGCACAGAGUCUUGGACUUCAUCGGUACCCAGGAUGCCGCCCCCUCCGGCGAAAGCUCUUUGAUAUUGCGGUACAAAUGGGUAGGGUUGCUGUUGAUUAGGGAAUGGAGCGUACACCUGCGGAGAAGGAAAUUCAAAGGACAAUUUUAUCAAAUAACAAUCUCCCAGGAAAUAAUUACACAAUCAUAUCAAAUAUAUUUUUGGUACCCCCUUCCCUUGUAAACUUUAACCCCAUCCCCCAUAUCAAAUCAUCACAAAGUCUGCAAAAUUCAUCCACAAAUUGUCUUUUGUGGAGAAGUAUUGUUUAGAGCCCCGAUUUUGUGGUGGAAAAUAUCCUUCCUAGAGGGCAAAUAAAUGGUUAGAGAGAUGAUAUCAAUUAUACCGGAAGUUAUAUGGAAUUCAUAUAUAGUUUUAAUCUAAAUUCCAAAUGCGGGAUUGAGGAUUUUGUAUUUUAUGUGAUACUCAGAUGUGCAAAAUUUCCUAAAAGCUCACCCCCAUUCAAUAUGAUCCCCCCGAAACGGUCCCUAUUUCACGGACUCUACGCACCCAUUAAACGUAUCACUUUCAAUGGGGAAUCACUACAAAAUUCUAUAAUUAAUGAAUCAUGUCUGAAAAUAGUAAUUGAAAUUAAUAGAACAUUGUAGAAGGAUCCUUACGUGGGGAUAUCCUAAAAAUAAGAGGAUAUUCUCUGCAGGAAAAUCAAUCUUCAUUUUGAAAUUUAAUUCAAAAAUAUCAAUUUCAAGAAAAUUUAAGGAGGUUCUCGAAGGUGAUUGAAAUUAAGUGUUCGUAAAGGAACUGAGGAAAAAGUUAUUUGUAAAGUUUUGCACAAUUUUUGACACAAUUUUGCUACAAUCCUUCUGAAAAAUGAUUGUGCAAAAUUGUUAAAGUUUUCAUUAACAAUUAAUUGCAUAUCAUACGCAAAAUUGAUCAUAUUUGAUGAAUUUUUCUAAGAAGAAUUAUGAUUAAUUUUAGCAAGAAAAAUUUCCUAUAUUAUUGACAAAUAAUUAAGUUUAAAAAAUAUUUUUUAUCAGUUUUUACUAAACCUAUUUUGAUAAAAUUGGUUAGGAUUGAAGAAGAAUGCUUUAACGGGUUUAGAAUUAACUUUAAAUAUUAAAGUAUUUUAUUAUUUCUAUUAAAAAAAAUCUUAUUAGAAAUUAGAUGUUAUAAAAAAAAAUUUCUUUUCACUGAUUUUCCUUUAGUUUUAACGGUUUUUAAUUAUUGAAUCAUAUUAAAAAAAACUGACAUUAUGCUUCUAAAAUCAUUCUUAAAGCCUCGUUUCACUUUCGCAAUUGAUUUCAUUAGAAUUGAGCAAAUAUAAUAUGCUGGAAAACUUGAAAACUUUCCUAAAGACGAAAGAGAAAAUUAGUGGAAAAAUAAAUUUCUACAUCUUCAAUUCAUAGGAAUGUUACAUGAUAAUCACGUAAGAAAAUUGCGGAAAAAGCCAUGAAAACGAAAAGUGCUAAACUUGAUAACAAUCAACUGUGAGAACCCUCUUAAAAUCCCCCUUAAAGAUCCUUUUUCUUCUCUUUGUUUCUAAAAGAAAUAAAUGAAAUUUAUUCAACAAAGUUCCCAACUACAACACAUUAAUUUCACCUUGAAACAAAGUUAUCAGAAUCUUAGAUUAUUCAUAAAAAAAAUAUCUGUGAAAAAGCUCAACUAACGAGAGCUUUUAAUUAUGUUAUUUUUGGUUGACUAAACCACCCAUACAAAAAAUAUUAAUAUCGUGAAAAUAAAUAUCCACGAAAUUUGAGAAAGCAAAAUGUGAAAAGUUUUGUGAGUUUCGAACAACGAGAGAGGGAGAGAGAGAAAACAAAAUAUAUAUUUUUAUUUUGUGGGGAGAGUCGCUCAUUAAUGUAAUUUUCGUGUUAAAUCUCUAUUGAUUUUUCCGUAUUAAUUUAUCUUGGAAAAAAAAAGAAAAGAAGAAUGGUCAAUUUGAAGAAAAUUCAGGACAUCUUCGACGAAAUGCCAUCAUUACAGUGUUGUGCUAAAAUUAGCCAAAAGAAGUAACAAACGUACAUAUAUUUAUUCUUAAAGUAAAUUCUUGGACAUCUUGAGAAUUCUCAGAAAAAAGAACCAGAGGAAAACCUAAACAAAAAUUCGACAAGAAAUUGAAUUUUUUAUUACAAAUCCCAAGAAAUGAAUGAAAAACAUUUUUCACCUUUCAGUUAAAUUUAAACUCCUCACAUAAACAAAUGCCAAAGAGAAAACUUUCCAUGAGAAAUAGUUUUCCAAACACUUUUAUACCAAUUAUUCAUGAAUAAAAUAAUUAAUUUAUGUGAAUAUUUUCGCAACUAUGUACGUAAAGGGGGGUGGCAAAUAAUAGGAAAAAUAAAUAAAAAUUAAAGAGAAAACCAAAAAGUUUGUAAAAGUUUUUGAGUGAAAAAAAAACGGACCAAAUUCAUGGAAAAUUGUUUUCCAAAUAUUUACACUGUUUGUGCAAAUGAUAAAUUAAUAAUUUCCCAGAAAAAACCAUUAUUGUGGGAAUUAAAAUUUCCAUUGGGUUUUGUCCUGAAAGUUUGACUAAUUAAUUUAUAAAAUAUUUUUAAGCUUCAAUGAAAUAAAAUUCAAUGGGCAUUUAUUUGGAAAAAUCAUUUGGGAAAAUCAAUUAAAUCCUAAUGAAGGAACAUCAUUAAUUUUAUAACCAUCAAAUGGGAAUCAACGCGUGUAUUAGGAUUAAUGGAAGCUCGACAAGGAUAUCGUGACUAUUUCGAUUAACUUCUAAGGAAUAUUACACUACCAAUAAAAAGUUUCCUAAUGAGGUAAAAUUGAUGAUUUUAUAAUGAAAAUUUUGGCAUAAUCUUUGUAUAAUUUUUGGUUUUUGAAAACCGAAGAAAGCACCUUUCCUUAACUGGUUUAAUAACCAAAAUCGGUUAAUCACAAACGGAUUAAUAACCAUUUGAAUUUUUCAAUGAAAAAUCAUCAAUUUCCUCUCACACGGAAACUUUUUGAGGGUUGUGUACUUAUGUACAUAAAAAAGAAAGAAAAAAUAUCUGUGAAACAAAAUGUUGUACCAAAUAAGUGGUUUAACUCAUAAUGUUUGUUAGUGAAUUGAAUAAUUAUAAUUCCCCACACCCAAAUAGAAGUCUAUCCGUUACAUAUUAAUUAUUUGCGUGACUGUGUUUGGGGCGCAAAAGAUGAGGGUGGCAUGAUGUGAAAGCGUAUGAUUAAUAAAAUUGAUAUGAAAAAUAA